AUGCUCCCAACACUGGUACUGCUCAUCUUCUGCAGUUUCCUGCAUUCUGCCGCUUUUGAAGGAAAUUAUUGGUCCCCCAUUUUUCUCCAAAAACAGAAAGAAUCUCUGCAAAGAAUUUUGAGCAAAGAUUCCUGUUCUACCUGGGGAGGAGGGCAUUUUUCAACCUUUGAUAAAUAUCAGUAUGACUUCACUGGGACUUGCAACUACAUCUUUGCAACUGUAUGUGAUGAGACCAGCCCAGACUUCAACAUUCAGUUCCGUCGUGGGCUGGACAAAAAAAUUGCAAGGAUCAUUAUUGAGCUUGGACCCUCUGUUGUCAUUGUUGAGAAAGGCAGCAUUUCUGUCAGGAGUGUUGGUGUCAUUCAGUUGCCUUACACCAGCAAUGGAAUCCAAAUAUCACCUUAUGGACGUAACAUCCGCCUGGUAGCCAAGCUCAUGGAGAUGGAACUGGUGGUCAUGUGGAACAAUGAUGACUACCUCAUGGUUUUGGCUGAAAAAAAAUACAUGGGGAAAACAUGUGGAAUGUGUGGGAACUACGAUGGUUAUGAAUUGAAUGAAUUUGUGCGUGAAGGUAAAUUGCUGGAUACAUAUAAAUUUGCUGCAUUACAAAAAAUGGAUGAUCCAUCAGAGAUCUGCCUGUCUGAGGAGAUACCAAUUUCCACCGUUCCUCACAAAAAAUAUGCCGUGAUCUGCUCUCAGCUACUUAAUUUGGUGUCACCAACCUGCAGUGUGCCCAAGGAUAGGUUUGUCAUUCGUUGCCAGCUCGAUAUGCAGGACUGCAGUGAGCCAGGACAAAAUAAUUGCACUUGCUCUACACUGUCAGAGUAUUCCAGGCAAUGUGCUAUGUCCCACCAAAUGGUGUUCAACUGGAGAACUGAAAAUUUCUGCUCUGUGGGAAAAUGUUCUGCGAACCAAAUCUACGAGGAAUGUGGUUCUCCGUGUAUUAAAACCUGUUCCAACCCUGAGUACAGCUGCUCCAGUCACUGUACCUAUGGCUGCUUUUGUCCAGAAGGAACUGUUCUUGAUGACAUCUCAAAGAAUCGGACAUGUGUUCACAUUAGCCAGUGUCCAUGUACACUGAAUGGGAAAACAUAUGCUCCUGGUGAGACAAUGAAAGCAGCGUGUAGGACCUGUAAAUGUGUGAUGGGUCAGUGGAACUGCCAAGACUUGCCCUGUCCUGGAAGGUGUUCCCUGGAAGGAGGCUCCUUUGUUACCACAUUUGAUUCGAGGCCAUAUCGAUUCCAUGGGGUUUGCACUUACAUUCUUAUGAAGAGUUCCAGCCUGCCACACAAUGGAACCCUAAUGGCUGUUUAUGAAAAGACUGGUUAUUCUCAUUCUGAGACAUCACUUAGUGCUAUAAUUUACCAAUCUGCAAAGGACAAAAUUGUGAUUUCUCAGAAUGAUCUCCUUACUGAUGAUGAUGAACUUAAGCGGCUACCUUACAGAUCAGGAGACAUCACCGUUUUCAGACAAUCCUCCAUGUACAUUCAGAUGCAUACAAACUUUGGGCUGGAACUUGCAGUUCAAACAUCACCUGUAUUCCAGGCCUACGUGAAAGUUGGAUCACAAUUCAAAGGCAGAACGCUAGGUUUGUGUGGCAAUUACAAUGGAGACACUACAGAUGACUUCAUGACUAGCAUGGAUAUCACUGAAGGGACAGCCUCCCUGUUUGUAGAUUCCUGGAGGGCAGGAAAUUGCCAUCCUGCCUUAGAGAGAGAGACUGACCCUUGUGCUUUGAGCCAACUGAACAAAAUAUCUGCUGAGACUCAUUGCUCCAUUCUGACCAAGAAGGGUACAGUGUUUGAGAAAUGCCAUGCUGUGGUGAACCCUAUUCCUUACUACAAGAGAUGUGUCUACCAAGCCUGUAAUUAUGAAGAGACCUUUCCUUACAUUUGUUCUGCUCUGGGAUCGUAUGCACGAGCAUGCAGUUCCAUGGGUUUAAUCCUUGAGAACUGGAGAAGCAGUAUGGACAAUUGCACCAUUACUUGCACUGGAAAUCAAACAUUCAGCUACAACACUCAAGCAUGUGACAGGACAUGCCUCUCACUCUCCAACCGAGCCCUGGAAUGCCAUCCAGCUGAUAUUCCUAUUGAGGGCUGCCAGUGUCCUAAAGGAAUGUACCUGAACCACAAGAAUGAGUGUGUUCGUAAAUCUCAUUGUCCCUGCUACUUAGAGGACAGAAAGUACAUUCUGCCUGACCAGUCAACAAUGACUGGUGGGAUUACCUGCUACUGUGUUAAUGGGAGGCUAAGUUGCACAGGCAAACCUCAAAAUCCUGCAGAAAACUGCAAAGUUCCUAAGAAAUACAUAUCAUGUUCUGACAAUUUAGAAAACAAGUAUGGAGCUGCAUGUGCCCCUACCUGUCAGAUGCUGGCUACUGGAAUUGACUGUAUACCCACAAAGUGUGAAUCAGGCUGUGUCUGUGCUGAUGGCCUCUAUGAAAAUCUCGAUGGCAAGUGUGUGCCAGCUGAGGAAUGUCCAUGUGAAUAUGGUGGCCUUGCAUAUGAAAGAGGUGAACAAAUCCAGACUGAAUGUGAGAUCUGCACUUGCACAAAAGGCAAAUGGAAAUGCGUUCAGAAAACAAGGUGUUCCUCCACCUGUAAUCUAUAUGGAGAAGGCCACAUCACCACCUUUGAUGGACAGCGUUUUGUGUUUGAUGGCAACUGUGAAUACAUAUUAGCUAUGGAUGGCUGCAGUGUUAACAGACCCAUUUCCACUUUCAAAAUUGUUACUGAAAAUGUCAUCUGUGGGAAAUCAGGAGUUACGUGCUCCAGAUCCAUCAGCAUUUACCUUGGGAAUCUGACAAUCAUACUGAGAGAUGAAACCUUCGCUAUUUCUGGGGAAAAUCCUGGUGUGCAAUACAAAGUGAAAAAGAAUGCACUUCACCUGAUGUUUGAUAUCAUUAUCCCAGGAAAAUACAACAUGACCCUUAUUUGGAAUAAGCACAUGAACUUCUUCAUCAAGAUCUCCAGAGAAACACAGGAAACGAUCUGUGGUUUGUGUGGGAACUAUAAUGGCAACAUGAAGGAUGACUUUGAAACUCGAAGCAAGUAUGUGGCAUCAAAUGAGCUGGAAUUUGUCAACUCUUGGAAAGAGAAUCCUCUCUGUGGGGAUGUGUACUUUGUAGUGGACCCCUGUAGCAAGAACCCUUAUCGUAAAGCAUGGGCAGAAAAGACCUGUUCCAUCAUCAACAGCCACGUAUUUUCUGCCUGUCACAAUAAGGUGAAUCGGAUGCCCUACUACGAGGCCUGUGUCCGAGACUCCUGUGGGUGUGACAUUGGAGGGGACUGUCAGUGCAUGUGUGAUGCCAUCGCAGUCUAUGCCAUGGCAUGCUUGGAAAAAGGCAUCUGCAUUGACUGGAGGACCCCCGACUUCUGUCCUGUCUAUUGUGAGUAUUACAAUUCUCAUAAAAGAACAGGCAUUGAUGAUGCUUUUUCCUAUGGCUACAACGAUGACAAAUGCACCUGGCACUACAGGCCUUGUAACUGUCCAAAUCAAAACUACAAAUAUGUCAAUAUUGAAGGCUGUUACAACUGCUCUCAUGAUGAAUACUUUGACCAUGAAGAGGAAAGGUGCAUGCCAUGUGGACAAGUAAAUGUUACCACCACACCGGAGCCAUCUUCACCUUCACCAGUAACAACAGUGCAGCCUAAAGUAACAAGGAGCUCUACCACAAGCACCCUACCAACAGUACCUAGUACUUCUGCAACAGCUGUAUCACCUGAGACUACAAAUCCAACAAUAACUGCAAAAAUUACAGUUCCAAGAACUUCACCCUCACAACCUCUUGUCACAAUAAAGUCAACAACUGAGAGUGAAGGAACUGAAGCAACCACUCUGCACUACCCAGAAGUUGUCACCCACAUAAGACCAACGUUGACACAGCCUGUGCAGCACUUCGUCACACAGACACAGACCACCCCUGCCCCAUCCACCAGCAGCACCUCUGUCCCAGGAGAGACCGGGCCUGCCACCAGCCCAGAAGUCCCACUGACAAGGACAUUUCCAAGCUCCAGCUCUUUGUCUGUCACCUCCUCUUCAUCUGCUUCUUCCCUCUCCUCAACCCAGCUCAAAACAUCAUAUCCUGCAAGGGAGCCAACCAGAGCUAAGACACCAACUACUAAAGUAGUAACAGCCUUUACCCAUGAACACUCAACUGUGCCACACAUUGUGCCACAUCUGACCACAGAGAGGACCACGGCCACCACCUCCAUCAGCAGCACCUCCAAGACCUCUGUCUCCACAGAAGUCCCUCUGGAAACAGCCUCUCCACAUCCCAGCUCUCCACCUGCCCCCAGCAGCCCGCUCAGCACCUGGCUGCCAUCCACUGCCACCACUUCCACAGUCUCCUCCACUGCAGCUCCAAGCACCAGCCCCAGGCCUACACCUACAACCCUGAGCACAGCCAAAACCAGCAUGCUGCCAUCUCCUGCUUCUUCUCCCUCCUCAACUGUGUCCUCAACAGGGCUCAGUUCCUCACCACCUGCCUUCACCCAUGAACACUCAACUGUGCCACACAUUGUGCCACAUCUGACCACACCCAAGACCACGGCCACCACCUCCAUCAGCAGCACCUCCAAGACCUCUGUCUCCACAGAAGUCCCUCUGGAAACAGCCUCUCCACAUCCCAGCUCUCCACCUGCCCCCAGCAGCCCGCUCAGCACCCGGCUGCCAUCCACUGCCACCACUUCCACAGUCUCCUCCACUGCAGCUCCAAGCACCAGCCCCAGGCCUACACCUACAACCCUGAGGCCCAAGCCCUCUUCUCCAACAACCAGUGCUGCAAAGGAGUCUCCUGUCACAGAGUCCUCUGCACCCACCACAGCCAAAACCAGCAUGCUGUCAUCUCCUGCUUCUUCUCCCUCCUCAACUCUGUCCUCAACAGGGCUCAGCUCCUCACUGCCUGCCUUUACCCAUGAACACUCAACUGUGCCACACAUUGUGCCACAUCUGACCACAGAGAGGACCACGGCCACCACCUCCAUCAGCAGCACCUCCAAGACCUCUGUCUCCACAGAAGUCCCUCUGGAAACAGCCUCUCCACAUCCCAGCUCUCCACCCGCCCCCAGCAGCCCGCUCAGCACCCAGCUGCCAUCCACUGCCACCACUUCCACAGUCUCCUCCACUGCAGCUCCAAGCACCAGCCCCAGGCCUACGCCUACAACCCUGAGGCCCAAGCCCUCUUCCCCAACAACCAGUGCUGCAAAGGAGUCUCCUGUCACAGAGUCCUCUGCACCCACCACAGCCAAAACCAGCAUGCUGCCAUCUCCUGCUUCUUCUCCUUCCUCAACUGUGUCCUCAACAGGGCUCAGCUCCUCACUGCCUGCCUUCACCCAUGAACACUCAACUGUGCCACACAUUGUGCCACAUCUGACCACACCCAAGACCACGGCCACCACCUCCAUCAGCAGCACCUCCAAGACCUCCGUCUCCACAGAAGUCCCUCUGGAAACAGCCUCUCCACAUCCCAGCUCUCCACCCGCCCCCAGCAGCCCGCUCAGCACCCGGCUGCCAUCCACUGCCACCACUUCCACAGUCUCCUCCACUGCAGCUCCAAGCACCAGCCCCAGGCCUACACCUACAACCCUGAGGCCCAAGCCCUCUUCCCCAACAACCAGUGCUGCAAAGGAGUCUCCUGUCACAGAGUCCUCUGCACCCACCACAGCCAAAACCAGCAUGCUGCCAUCUCCUGCUUCUUCUCCUUCCUCAACUGUGUCCUCAACAGGGCUCAGCUCCUCACUGCCUGCCUUCACCCAUAAAAUGUUGACCAUGCCACACGCUGUGACACAUCUGACCACAGAGAGGACCACGGCCACCACCUCCAUCAGCAGCACCUCCAAGACCUCCGUCUCCACAGAAGUCCCUCUGGAAACAGCCUCUCCACAUCCCAGCUCUCCACCCGCCCCCAGCAGCCCGCUCAGCACCCGGCUGCCAUCCACUGCCACCACUUCCACAGUCUCCUCCACUGCAGCUCCAAGCACCAGCCCCAGGCCUACACCUACAACCCUGAGGCCCAAGCCCUCUUCCCCAACAACCAGUGCUGCAAAGGAGUCUCCUGUCACAGAGUCCUCUGCACCCACCACAGCCAAAACCAGCAUGCUGCCAUCUCCUGCUUCUUCUCCCUCCUCAACUGUGUCCUCAACAGGGCUCAGCUCCUCACUGCCUGCCUUUACCCAUGAACACUCAACUGUGCCACACAUUGUGCCACAUCUGACCACAGAGAGGACCACGGCCACCACCUCCAUCAGCAGCACCUCCAAGACCUCUGUCUCCACAGAAGUCCCUCUGGAAACAGCCUCUCCACAUCCCAGCUCUCCACCUGCCCCCAGCAGCCCGCUCAGCACCCGGCUGCCAUCCACUGCCACCACUUCCACAGUCUCCUCCACUGCAGCUCCAAGCACCAGCCCCAGGCCUACACCUACAACCCUGACUACUUCCACAUUUAGCUCUGCUGAGAGCACUACACAUUCUUACUUCCAAAAUACCACAUCAACUCCAUAUGGCAAAACGUCCUCAUUAGCUGUCCCUACCAGUAUCUCUACUCAGUCCAGGUCAGCGUUGAUCCCAACAGUUUUAUCUACAACUAUUACCUUUGCUCCCCAUGUUAUCACUAUGGCUUCUACAGAGUCAGUUGAAAGGAGUUCCCUGCAAACAACAACACUGACCACCGCCCGAACAACAUCAUCUCCUCCUCUCACCUCUGGCCUUGCAACAUCCCUGUCCUCUGUUGUUCCAUCAACAGUGCCACACGAGCAUUGUAGAGAAGCUGAAUAUGAAGAAAAAAUAACUUACAAAGGCUGUUCCACAAAUGUCACUUUGAGCCGAUGUGAAGGAUCAUGUCCAUCUUCAACAAAGCUGGAUGUUGAGAAGAUGACGGUCACCACAGCAUGUGGCUGCUGUAGGCCACUUGAACUUCUUAAAAAGCAAUUCCAGCUACCAUGCCAAGACCCAGAUAACCCUGGAAGAAGGCUCACCACAGAAAUAAUUGUAUUUAGUGGCUGUGUGUGUAACUUUGACAGUUGCACACACUAG